CAGCGCCUUCAGGAAGUCACCAGACAAACAGCAGCGUAUUUAAAGUCGAUGUCGGGUUCCGUUCCGAACACUUGGGAACCUUAACGGGGUGUUUUCGGGGCUGCUGUGAAGAGUUCGCGCUUCGCCAGGUUUGGAGCUGUGCGGCCGCCGUAGCGCCGCCGUCAGACAACAUGGUGCUGGAGAAGAAAGGCUCGGCCCGGGUGGAGGCCGGUCAGCGCAGAGUUCUGGAUGAGGCGACCCGGCAGAGGAGACUGACCCGGCAGCUGGAGGCUCUGGAGAAAGACAACUUCCAGGACGACCCCCUGUCCUCGCUGCCUCCCCCAGGUCCUACUGCCCGCCUGCCCGCCUUCAGCGAGACGGAAGAGCCAGAGAAGAAGAAGAGGAAGACGAGGGGCGACCACUUCAAGCAGCGCUUCAGGAAGAACUUCACCACGCUGCUGGAGGAGGAGAACCUGUCGGAGAAGCCGGAGCCAAACUACCUGUCGGCGGCGGCCCCUCCCUCCUCGCUGCCCCCCCGACACUUCUGCUGCGUCUGCGGCUUCCCGUCGCAUUACACCUGCACCACCUGUGGGGGGCGCUACUGCAGCAGCAGGUGUCUGUGCACCCACAGGGAGACCAGGUACGGCGGCAGGAAGUUACAUCACAAAAUCUGGUUCAGUCCUCCAGCCGGCUCAACGAAAAUUAAACGCAGCGUCCAGAUGAUCUUUUCUGGUCAGGAGUUAAAAAUCCAGGUUCUGUUAAAGAGAAAUGGUGUAAAAGUCGGAAACCAGUCUAAAGUUAGCCUAAAACCAGUCUAA